AUGAAGGCUUGCCCAAUUAUAUAUUUUAUUGCUGCUAUAACUAUUUCAUUUGUGGAUGCCUAUAACAAUGUAAUCUAUAACUUGGCAGUCGAUAUGGCAGAAUACUGCCGGAUAAGCUACUGCAUCAAAGGCUUCGGAAAUUAUGACUUUUUAGUUGAUGCACCCUUGCUUAAAAUUGGUGAUCUUCCAUUAGCUUGUCCAACAUUAACUUUUUGCCAAGACAACAAAGAUAUUGAAAUUGUUCAAAUACUUAAUCCUAAUAUUAAGGAAGCCCAGAUGAGUGGAAGUGGCUAUGUCGCAAUAAACCAUGCUAAGAAACAUAUCGUUGUUGUUUCUCGUGGGAGUUAUACAAUUCAGGAUUGGGUUUCAGAUUUUGAAUUCGCUCUAGUACCGUACAAACGUUGUUCUUUAUGUGCUGUACAUAAAGGUGUCUACGCAGCAACAGAAGUUAUUAAAAAACAGGCAUGGAACACAAUUAAAAAUCUCUUGAAAGAAUAUCCAGAUUAUGAACUUAUAGCUACUGGACAUUCCCUCGGAGGUGGGCUCACUGUUCUUGUUGGCCUCGAAAUGCAGCUUGACUUCAAAAAGCGUGUCACAGUUAUUUCACUCGCUGGUUUGAAAAUUGGUAACAACCAUCUUGCUGGAUUUAUAGAUAAAACUUUCAACUCUUCUAAAUACUUAGAAGAAGUUAACAAAGAUGCUAAUAAAACACAAUUCGGUGGGUUUUUAAGAGUAGUACACGAAGCUGAUAUAGUUCCACUUAUUCCACCUACCCCUUUAUAUGCUCAUGGAGGUAUUGAGCUCUAUAUUAAUAAAGUCAGGCUCCCUCAUCCUCAAGGGUCCACGGAAAUAAAAGGUAUGUACAAGUUUGAACCUUUGUCAUCCCAGCUUUUCAAUAUAAUCACUCAAAAAACACUACAAGAGACUUUAACCAUAUAUGAGCAUAACAACUACUUCAUGUACAUAUAUGGAUGUAAUUCAACAAGUAUUUUUGACUUUAUUCCUGGCCCAAACCCACAAGAUGAGGGAAAUAUUACUGCUGCUGCACUUCGAGCAACAAUAAUAAAUCGUUCUACAAGUUAUUCACAAUCAACUUCCGCUGUUUCCAUCACUACAUUUUGA